CCUAUAAAAUGCGGAGGAAGGCACAGGAGGCUAUCUCGGACCUCCAGCUGUUGUGCGGACCGCGGUCUGAUCACCAUGCGUGAAAUAGUACAUGUGCAAAUUGGACAAUGUGGCAACCAGAUCGGCUCAAAGUUUUGGGAGGUGAUCAGUGAAGAACAUGGGAUCAAUGCAACAGGCAUUUAUGAAGGAGACAGCACCCUGCAGCUGGAAAGGAUCAAUGUUUACUUCAGUGAGGCUUAUGGUGGUAAAUAUGUGCCCAGGGCUCUUUUGGUGGAUUUGGAGCCCGGCACCAUGGACAGCAUUCGAGGAAGCCGGAUCGGAGCCCUUUUCAGACCUGACAACUUCAUCCAUGGGAACUCGGGUGCUGGAAACAAUUGGGCCAAGGGCCAUUACACAGAGGGAGCAGAGCUGGUGGAGCAGGUUGUUGACAGGGUGAGGCAUGAGAGUGAAGGCUGCGAUUGCCUGCAGGGCUUCCAGCUCGUUCACUCCCUAGGGGGUGGGACCGGCUCCGGCAUGGGGACCCUAAUUAUCAACAAGAUCAAAGAGGAGUUCCCCGACCGCAUUAUGAACACUUUUAGCAUCAUGCCAUCCCCUAAAGUCUCAGACACCGUAGUGGAGCCCUACAAUGCAACGCUUUCAGUACACCAACUUCUAGAGAACGCAGACGCGACUUUCUGCAUCGACAAUGAGGCCCUUUAUGACAUCUGUUUCCGCACAUUAAAACUAACCACACCAACUUACGGGGACCUCAACCACUUAGUCUGCAUGACCAUGAGUGGGGUCACAACCUCUCUGAGGUUCCCCGGACAGCUCAACGCUGACCUGAGGAAGCUGGCUGUCAACAUGGUGCCCUUCCCUCGUCUCCACUUCUUCAUGCCAGGCUUUGCCCCUCUGACAGCCCGUGGCAGCCAACAGUACAGAGCCCUCACUGUACCUGAGCUCACGCAGCAGAUGUUUGACGCCCGCAACAUGAUGACGGCCUGCGAUCCAAGGCGAGGCCGCUACCUUACAGUAGCCGGUAUCUUCCGCGGUAAGAUGUCAACCAAGGAGGUAGACGAACAAAUGCUUGCAAUCCAGCAGAAAAACAGCACCUAUUUUGUUGACUGGAUACCCCAUAAUGUCAAAGUUGCAGUCUGUGACAUCCCGCCAAAAGGCCUUAGAAUGGCGUCUACGUUCAUUGGCAACAACACUGCCAUUCAGGAGAUCUUCCGCCGGGUGGGUGAGCAGUUCUCCCUGAUGUUCAGGCGCAAGGCCUUUCUCCAUUGGUAUACGGGGGAGGGUAUGGAUGAAAUGGAGUUCACAGAGGCGGAAAGCAACCUCAACGACCUGGUGUCAGAGUACCAGCAGUACCAAGAGGCCACUGCUGAUCUUGACUGGGAGCCAGAAGAUGAAGAAGAAGAAGAAGCACCCUCAGCUGCAGACACAAGACAGGUUCAGUCUCGAACAGAGGUUAAACUGGAAACAGUGGUAGAAACAACCCAAGAAACUGUAGAUUAGGAUAAAACACAGGAUGUGCACCCAUAUAUAUGUCAAUUAGCCACGGUUGGUAAUCUAUUUGUUAGGCUGCGUUCGCACCGAAUACGAUUGUAUCUCUGGGGCGUCCAUUUCAGUGUUACGUCGAUGUGCAGACAUGAUCAGAGGUCCUGAGGCACAAUUUAAGUGUUGGCCAGCAGUACUAUUUGGGUGGCCUGGCAUGUCAAGAGUUCAAGAGUUCAAGUAUCUGAACUUUGUUAAAAAAGAUACGUUAUGUAAACCGAUCAUGGACUCCACUUUGGCCCGUGACGUGUUGAUGACGUGAUCAGCAGGUGAAUCUGAUCGUCCUCCUCCUGAACUUUAUGAUAUUUUUCCUGAAAAGGUCCUCCCAUUUCAUUCUUUUUUACAUUUUUUCCCCCUUGGACUAAUGCGGAACAGCAAGCCGUCAAACUGCGUUUGGUGUGAACGCAGCAUUAUACUCUUCUGGAAUUUGAGUAAAAUUUGUGCUACACGGCUUUCAGCAAAUGUUUUAGCUUUGUCCUCACAAAGUGUGACGUUAUAUCAAAGUACCGCCAUCCAUUUUCUGAACCUCCUAAUCGCUUUCGGGAUCAGAGUGUUGCUGGAGCCUAUCCCAGUCACUGUUGGACAAAGACUGGGUACAACCUGGAUGGUUCACCAGUUCAGGCACAGGGCCACAUAAUCACAAUCACAUUCACACCUAGGGACUAUUUAGAAACAACAACUCACCAACAAUACAUAUUUUUGGACUGUGUGAAGAAAGGCUUGGUGCCUGGAGAAAACACGCAUAUGGAGAACAUGCAAACUCCUCACAGAAAGGUCAGAGCUGGUUCCAAAGCACCUACAGAUGCUUCACAUUAAUGCAAAGUUUUUUUCCAUCCAGUAUGCCUUCAGUUUGCAUCAUCAUGUGCAUUAUUUACAUCUAAACUUCCUGGCAGCAGUAUCUUUAUCCAACUGUGUUCGAUGGGCUGUGAUACUUGAAACAUUUGUGCGUGCAAAGGACAUGAAUGAGAUCCAAGUCGUCAGCGGUAUCGGUGUCCACAUGUAACAAGUGAGACCUUCUUUAGGUCAUUGUAUCGGCUUGAUGUGUAUACAAACAUUUUGCAAAGAAGUGGAUCUCAUCUAAACAACAUGAUGGAAAAAAUGUUCUUAGAAAAUUGACAAAUCUCUAUAGUCAGUUCCUGCUAAUGCUAUGAAAGCCUAAAUAUAAUCAGUAGCAUCUCAAAAUGGAAAAAGAUCUGAUUCUGCUUUUACUAAAAUACGCCACUAUCCUUUAGUCAGCCUUUUCCUUUUUAACUCUUCAAUGUCCAGAUAUAUUUGUGUGCUUAUUACCACAAUGUCAAGAGCAGGUGUAUUUUAUUAGAAUAUUUAAAUAACUUUGGCAACAUGUCUAUUGCACUAAAACAACAGCAACCUUUUUGUACAUUUGUUGUUGUUUUUUCCCCCCCACAUCUUCGUAGUCACAUUUAUUCUGUUCCUAACUGCAGUUUUAUUAGCAUUCAAAAGCUAUCAAAACAAUUUCAAACACAUGCUGCAACCAUAUUUCUUUUUCAGGUUUAUAGGAAAUAAACAACCUAAAUAAAUGUCCCAAACUUUGACAUUUACACCUUUUUUUUGUCUUGUAGUGUUUUAUGUAAUAUAGCACAACAAGCUGGAUUGUAUGAUACAAAUGUAAAAUAUUCAUGUGCCUUUUUUUUGCCUGGUUCUAUACUCUUUGAAAAGUCUGUUUUAUUUCUGUCAGAAAAUACUAAAAGCAACACAUAAUGAGAUUUUUUUAAUUUUUUUUAAAUUGUAUUUUAAGUUAAGUUCCAGAUGCUCAAAGUUGCUUUUUCAGUUUCCUGUUCUCUAUAUUCCAAUGCUUUACAAAAAAAUUGCGAUGUGUACAUUUUUUAGUACUUUGUACAACUUUAACAGCUGAGGUAGUAUUAAAUAAAAGUUUACAAAACAUCA